AUGAGAUUCUCUCCAGAGCCACUGGGAGGAUCACAAGAAGUUCUUAGCAUCUAUCCCAGCAAAACUUAUCAAAUCCAGACCACGCGAUCAUGGGACUUUCUCGGGUUGACAGACUCCAUGGUUGUAGCGGACGAAGAAAACCAUGAAGCUGCGGGUUCCUACGACGUGAUUGUGGGACUCCUUGACACAGGUAAGAAAGGAAGUGAAAAUACCAAAAAACUCACCAUAUUGACUUACCUUGUAGGAAUCUGGCCGGAAUCUCAAAGCUUUAGAGACGAUGACAUGACGCCAGUUCCAAGUCGCUGGAGAGGAGAGAAACUUAUUGGAGCAAAGUUUUUCAACUCUAAAGUGAAAUCGCCAGAGUAUGGAAAUGCCCGGGACGACAAUGGCCACGGCACACACACGGCCUCCACAGCCACCGGAAGGCUCGUGAGCAACGCAAGCAUGCAAGGCCUGGCUCGAGGAACCGCCCGGGGUGGCGUGCCUCUCGCACGCCUCGCCAUCUACAAGGUUUGCUGGGGGAUUGGCUGCGAAGAAUCGGACAUCCUCGCGGGGUAUGACGCCGCGGUGGGCGAUGGAGUGGACGUGAUAUCCGUCUCCAUCGGAGGACCCGCGGUGAAGUAUAGCUUGGAUGGGUUGGCGAUCGGAGCUUACCACGCGGUGGAGAAGGGCGUCGCGGUGGCGGCCGGGGCUGGAAACUUUGGUAUCUUGACAAUGCAGGUGAUCAAUGCCGCGCCGUGGAUUUUCACCAUCGCUGCUAGCACCAUUGACAGGAGCAUUGACAAAGCCAAGCCGGACGUGACUGCUCCUGGUGUUGAUAUCUUGGCAGCUUGGCCAAGUAGUAUCGCAGUUCCAGGAUUCAAUGGCGGUACCAUUUACAGCGACUAUGCCCUUCUCUCCGGAACUUCCAUGUCCACGCCUCACGCUGGGGGAGCUCUGGCAUUCGUAAAGUCGGUCCAUCCAUCUUGGAGCCCCGCUGCUCUAAAAUCUGCGCUCAUGACAACAGCGACACUCUUCAGCUAUGGCUCCGGACAAAUCCAGCCAGCAAAAGCGCUCGAUCCGGGGCUAGUCUACGACAUAGAACCCACGGACUACAUCUCAUACCUUUGUAGCACGGGCUACUCCUCGGCCCAAGUUCGCAACAUCACCGGGGACAAGUCCACUGCGUGCUCCACAAACUCCACCUUCGAUCUAAACUAUCCCUCCAUUGGAAUCGCGCGGCUUGAUCCUGGAGACAGCAACGCAGUGACCGUCGCCAGGACGCUGACGAGCGUGGGAUCGUCGCCAUCGGAUUACCGCGCGAGCGUGGACAAGCCCAGCGAUGCCAGGCUCUCGGUUGUGGUGGAACCCGAGACGCUGCGUUUCGGUAGCUCUGGAGCCAAGCUUUCUUUCAAGGUGGCGGUCACCUUGGCGAGUUCUUCAGGGCACACCAACGCAACCUGGAUCUACUCGGCAUUGAUCUGGAGCGAUGGAGUUCAUAGUGUUCGCAGCCCGAUUGCUGUUCUUGCCUCGUCUUGA